UAAUCAUUAAAAAUGGCUUCCUAUAGAGAUCCUGUUUAUGGAAUCAAUGGCAAACCUGCAUUUGAUCAAAUUAGAUAUCCCUUGAACACAGACAUUAAUACUUAAUAUACAUAAAAACCUUUGGGUACAGAAUAAGGUCCUGGAUUACCAAUGCAAUUUGGAUAGGCAUCUGCAAGAGCCUAUGCAUAAGAAGUAAAAUCCAAAUCCACUAAAAUAGUUCUAAUUAUCACCAGAAAUUUAAGCAUUAAAUAAACAAUAACAAUUUUAAUAACCAAAUCAGGGACCCCCAAUUGUAUAAAAUAUUGUCCAACCAUAACCUAUAUACUAAGAAAUUCAACACUAUGACAAACCUGUUAAGGUAGUGCCUCGAAUUGAUAUUGAAGAGCCAUGGAGAAGUAAAAUUCAAUAUUGAUCAUAGAUAAAUGUACAUUCUUAGAAAAAUAAAUAUAUGAUUUGCAGUAAGAAAAUUUUAGAUUAAAAUCAUAAAAUAUCGCAUCUGAAAAGAUCAGCUAUUUUGAGGAUACAGGAAGAGUCAAUCAAUUAAUGCAAGAAGUGGAUAGACUCAAUAAGACUAUUAUAGAUUUGAAUUCAGAAAUCGAUCAAUGGGGAUUGAGAUAUUAAAGCUUAGAAAAUCAAUUGAAAACUAGAUCUAAUGUUGAAAUGGAAGUUGAAAGAAUGAAGAGAGCUGUUCAAGAUAAUGAAAAUAUUGUAUAGGUUGAAAUGAAUAGACUAAGAGAAUAAUUAGAUUAAUGGUAGAGAAGAUGCUAAUCACUUGAGUCUUAGAGUUUUGAAGCCUAAAACUUUAUGGCUAAGUCUAGAACAAAAGAUUAAAAUAUUUGUAAUAUUUGUUAUUGAAUUUUAGUCAAUUUAUAAUCAGAUUUAAAAAAAGCAGAACUGAAUUUGAAGUUAAAAUAAGAUGAUUUGGAUACUGUCUAAUAAAAAUUGAAUAGAUUGGAAAAAAUAGUUCGAGAGACUGAAUAUUAAAACUAAGAAAUCGCUAAGUAAAAUACAACUUAAAUUUGUUUAGUCUUAGAAAAAUAAUUGAUGAUAGGAAUAAAGAAAUCGAAAUAUUAAGAAGAUAAAGUUAAUCAUAAUAUUCAAGCUAAAAUUUGAAGGAUUUGGAAAGCAAGGUUUCACUAUUUUAAAAUGAAUGUAAUAGAUUAAAUGAACUAUUAAAUCAUAAGGAACAGGAACUUUAAUUAUAUAGAGAUUAAUUAAAGAGGUAAUCUCAUUACAGUAAUAAAUAAUGA